AUAUUUAUCGAUGUUUUUCGCAUUCCCUUGGGUAAACAGUAGUUAAACACUAUGCCAUGAUAAUUGGCUCCCCCACCCAGGGGGCCUUAUAAAUAACCGGCCCAGUUGCCCUGAAAUUUACCAAGGCACUCAACUCCUACAAGGUUGAGCGCAACACAACACACUAGCUCCAUAGUGUGCUCUAGCUUGUAAGGGUACCAAGAAGGUCUGUAACCAUAUAGACUUGUAGUAUCACAAGAGCAGAGUAGGGGGGCAGAGAGAGGAGACACUGGAAGCCAGGGAGCAGAGAGCACUGUAGGAGGGAGUGGUGUGCACUAGUGCAAGCUGCAAACUCGAGUACAAUAAGGUGAACGAUGGAUAUCGAGUCCAGGAAAGGUUCCAAAGGGGACUCCAUGGCUGCUGCUGCCUCUGAGGUCUCUGUUGACUGGAGAGGCAGGCCAUGCGACCACCGGAAGCAUGGCGGCAUGAAAGCCGCCGUCUUCGUCCUAGGCAUCCAGGCCUUCGAGAUGAUGGCGAUUGCGGCGGUGGGGAACAACCUGAUCACGUACGUGUUCGGGGAGAUGCACUUCCCGCUGUCGCAGGCGGCCAACAUCGUCACCAACUUCAUCGGCACUGUCUUCCUCCUCUCCCUCCUCGGCGGCUUCCUCUCCGACUCCUACCUCGGCAGCUUCUGGACCAUGCUCAUCUUUGGAUUCGUCGAGCUCUCCGGGUUCAUACUGCUGGCGGUGCAGGCGCACCUGCCGCAGCUGCGGCCGCCGCCGUGCGACAUGAUGGCGGCGGCGGCGGCGUGCGAGGAGGCCGGCGGGGUGAAGGCGGGCAUCUUCUUCGCGGCGCUGUACCUGGUGGCGGUGGGCAGCGGGUGCCUCAAGCCCAACAUCAUCGCGCACGGAGCGGACCAGUUCCGGCGGGGCGGCGGCGGCGACGCCCGGCGGCUGUCGACCUACUUCAACGCGGCCUACUUCAGCUUCUGCGUGGGCGAGCUGGUGGCGCUCACCGUGCUCGUCUGGGUGCAGACGCGCUCCGGGAUGGACGUCGGGUUCGGGGUCUCCGCCGCCGCCAUGGCCAUCGGCCUGGUCAGCCUCGUCGCCGGCGUCGCCUUCUACCGCAACAAGCCGCCCCAGGGCAGCAUCUUCACUCCCAUAGCUAAGGUGUUUGUCGCUGCUGUGACCAAGAGGAAGCAGGUGUGCCCGUCGACCGCCACCGUGCAGGCCAUCGCAAGCGUUAGCGCCCAUGAGAUGUCGGUUAACCCUACAAACAUUCGCCACAUCAACAAGUUCAGGUUCUUGGACAAGGCAUGCGUGAAGGCGCAGGACGGCCCCGGCGGCGGGGCGUCGUCGGCGGGGAAGGAGAGCCCGUGGCGCCUGUGCACGCCGGCGGAGGUGGAGCAGGUGAAGGUGCUGCUGUGCGUGGUCCCCAUCUUCGCGUGCACCAUCGUCUUCAACACCAUCCUGGCGCAGCUGCAGACCUUCUCCGUGCAGCAGGGCAGCGCCAUGGACACCCGCCUCGCCGCCUCCUUCCACGUCCCGCCGGCCUCGCUGCAGGCGAUCCCCUACCUCAUGCUCGUCGCGCUGGUCCCGGCCUACGAGGCCGCCUUCGUGCCCGCCAUGCGCCGCCUCACGGGCGUCGCCACGGGGAUCACGCCGCUCCAGCGCAUCGGCGUGGGUCUCUUCGCCGUCACCUUCUCCAUGGUCGCAGCCGCGCUCGUCGAGGCCCGGCGCCGCCACGCCGCGGCCGACGGCGGCCGGCUCCUGUCCAUUUUCUGGAUCGCGCCGCAGUUCCUCGUGUUCGGGCUCUCCGAGAUGUUCACCGCCGUGGGGCUCAUCGAGUUCUUCUACAAGCAGUCGCUCGCCGGCAUGCAGGCCUUCCUCACCUCCAUGACCUACUGCUCCUACUCCUUCGGCUUCUACCUCAGCUCCGUGCUCGUGUCGCUCGUCAACAGGGUCACCAGCACCGCCGGCGCCGGCGGCGACGGCGGCUGGCUUGCCAACAACGACCUCAACAGGGACAGGCUCGACCUCUUCUACUGGCUCCUCGCCGGGCUCAGCAUCCUCAACUUCUUCAACUACCUCUUCUGGGCGAGGUGGUACUCCAAGAGCGUAGAGACGGUGCAGGUCGCCGGAGUUCGGAGCGGCGGUGAGCAGGAUGACCAGAAGGACACCUCCGAGUGCUGAGAUCAUUAACAUGGGUCCCUGAAAAGGAAAUGUCGGGCAUAUCAGCCAAUUAAUCAAUUAACCUAGUGCUAAGUGUAGUUAACCUUUCUUAUUUCUUCUUAUUUUGUUGCUUUUAUGGUUUUGCUUUGCAUUUGGGAAGAUAUAUAUAUAUAUGAGUAUGAGUUAAAUUAAUCAAAAAAGGUGGUAGGUAACUGAAAUUAAUAUUGGCUAGCAGGCCAAGUUUUAAGGGUAGUUCUGUAAAUUCAACUCCUGCAGGGAUGGAGUAGUACCUUUGGAUAGCUGAACCUAGUCUCCUUGCUUGGGAGGAGAAAAUAUAUGGUAUGUAGCUAUAUAUGUAAAUGCAAAUGAUUUAUCAUAAAAUUAAAGCGGAUCACUGAAUUAGUUC